CCCAAGGUUGGGCGGUUGGGACGCGGAUCCGCGGACAGACAGCGGCCGGGGAGGGCAGAAGGACGCGCGCACUGAGGCGCAGGGGUCCGGCCCGCCCGCCGCGGAGUCGCCAGUAGGCCCAGGGCCCCGGCCAGUGCCCAGCCCUGCUGGGAGCCCCGGCCAGCACCACGGACGGCACCCAGGAAGCCCGAGUCCCCCUGGACGGGGCCUUCUGGAUUCCGAGGCCCCCCGUAGGUUCGCCCAAGGGCUGCUUUGCCUGUGUGUCCAAGCCCCCUGCCUUGCAGGCUCCAGCGGCCCCUGCCACUGAGCCCUCAGCCUCACCCCCCAUGGCACCCACUCUGUUCCCCAUGGAGUCCAAGAGCAGCAAGACAGACAGUGUGCGGGUGGCUGGGGGCCCCCAGGCCUGCAAGCACCUGGCCGAGAAGAAGACCAUGACGAACCCCACGACCGUCAUCGAGGUCUACCCGGACACCACCGAGGUGAACGACUACUACCUGUGGUCCAUCUUCAACUUCGUCUACCUCAACUUCUGCUGCCUGGGCUUCAUCGCCUUGGCCUACUCCCUCAAAGUCCGGGACAAGAAGCUCGUCAACGACCUGAACGGGGCCGUGGAGGACGCCAAGACGGCCCGGCUCUUCAACAUCGCCAGCUCGGCCCUGGCCGCCUCGGGCCUCGUCCUGGUCUUCAUCUUCCUGCGGUACCCGCUCACCGACUACUGAGGCCCGCCUCGAGGGGCAGUGGGCUCCUGCGUGGCCCGAGGCGGUGUGCCAGCAUCACGUGUCAGAAGCCAGUGCCUGAAGGAGCCAGCUCCGUCCCGGCCGCCCGGCCGCCUAGGCCUCCACCCCGCCUGUUUCUGGGGCCGGGCUUCCUCCCUUGCCACCGCCCCGGCUUCCAGCAGCUGCCCUCUCUGCCGUCUUCCCUACCCAGGCUUCUGGGGCCCCUCAGACCCAACACCCAGCAAGAAGGGCUUUUGUGGGAGCUCCCAGGAUGGGGGCUGCCAGUAUCUGGGACUCACUCCCCCCCACCCUCCUCCUCCAAGUGUGGCCCUGCUCAGAGCUCUUGUAUCCGUGAACUUUCAAUAAAACACCUGCCCAGCUCCA